AUGGUAGCUCACCUGAGGGCUCUCCGCAGCCAAUCAGCGCACAGCUCGUCCCUCAGGCUUGUACCCUUUAGUGAAAGAAUUCGGCUCCUAGCGAGAAAGUUACCUGUGGCCGCCCAAGUCCGCCACUUUUCGCCCGCUCUGUGUCUCCCCUUUGCCACCAGCGAGGAGAACCCAGCAGCAGCCCGCCGCCUCCGAGCUCUUGCCACAUGUGAGGGGGGCCCGCUCCUUAUCCCACCUUUCCGGCUAGGUGAGGGAGCGAGCGAGCGAGAGUGGUUGAGGGGGAACGGAAAAGCAGAAUUACCUGUACCUCUUGUUCUGCCAUCUCGGGCGCUCGCACACACCUUCACCUGCACAGACUUGAAAGUCCAGUUUCGCCAGAGACUGAGGCACCAGGAAAAGGGGAGAGAGUUCAUUGGAUCAAACAUGUCACAAGAGUCGGACAAUAAUAAACGACUCGUUGCUUUAGUGCCGAUGCCAAAUGACACAUCAUUCCACACCCGACGGGCCUACACCAGUGAAGAUGAAGCUUGGAAAUCCUACCUUGAAAAUCCCCUGACUGCUGCGACAAAGGCUAUGAUGAGUAUCAAUGGAGAUGAGGACAGUGCUGCUGCUUUGGGCUUACUGUAUGAUUAUUACAAGGUUCCUCGAGAUAAAAGAUUGCUCACUGUUUGCAAAGCUAAUGACAGUCAAGAAGAUCAAGAUAAAAGAAACUGCCUUGGGACUAGUGAAGCCCAGAGCAACCUGAGUGGAGGAGGAGAAAACCGAGUUCAGGUCUUAAAGACUGUUCCAGUUAACCUUUCUUUGAACCAAGAUCACCUGGAGACCUUAAAAAGGGAACAGUACAAUGCAAAUGUGUCUGAAGGUUCAACAGGCUGUGUGGCAGGAGUAGUCGUGGUGAAGGCUGAAGAGUUUACGCCCGUCUUCAUGGCCCCAUCUGUACACUACCCCAGAGGAGAAAGCGAGGAGCCCCGUGGUGUUAUCUUUGAACAAAAUCAGUAUGAAGUACCCAGCAUGGCUCCCCAUGCCAACUAUCUCAAGGAUGACCAGCGAAGCACACCAGAUAGCACUUACAGUGAGACUUUCAAAGAUGGCGCUUCAGAGAAAUAUCGGAGUGCUUCAGUGGGGGCCGAAGAAUAUAUUUAUGAACAAACGGCAAGUAGCACAUUUCAGUAUACUUUGGAAGCUACCAAAUCCCUACGUCAGAAGCAAGGAGAGGGACCCAUGACCUACUUAAACAAAGGACAAUUCUAUGCCAUCACCCUGAGUGAGACAGGAGACAACAAGUGCUUCAGACAUCCCAUCAGCAAAGUCAGGAGUGUGGUGAUGGUUGUUUUCAGUGAAGAUAAAAAUCGAGAUGAGCAGUUGAAGUACUGGAAGUAUUGGCACUCUCGGCAGCAUACAGCUAAGCAAAGAGUACUUGACAUUGCUGACUACAAGGAAAGUUUUAACACAAUUGGAAACAUUGAAGAAAUUGCAUACAAUGCUGUUUCUUUCACCUGGGAUGUCAAUGAAGAGGCAAAAAUUUUCAUCACUGUGAAUUGCCUAAGUACAGACUUCUCCUCCCAAAAAGGGGUGAAAGGGCUCCCUUUGAUGAUUCAGAUCGACACAUAUAGUUACAACAAUCGAAGCAAUAAACCCAUUCACAGAGCUUACUGCCAGAUCAAGGUCUUCUGUGACAAGGGAGCAGAAAGGAAAAUCCGUGAUGAAGAGAGGAAGCAGAACAGAAAGAAAGGAAAAGGCCAAGCAGCACAAACCCAGUGCAAUAACUCCACUGAUGGGAAACUGGCAGCAAUACCCUUACAAAAAAAGAGUGACAUCACCUACUUCAAGACAAUGACUGACUUGGAUUCCCAGCCUGUUCUCUUCAUACCAGAUGUUCAUUUUGGAAACUUACAGAGGACUGGGCAGGCAUAUUAUAACACCGAUGACGAGCGAGAAGGUAGCAGUGUCCUUGUUAAAAGGAUGUUCAGGCCAAUGGAGGAAGAGUUUGGCCCACCACCUUCUAAGCAGAUGAAAGAAGAAGGAAUGAAAAGAGUGCUUUUGUACGUGAGAAAAGAGACCGAUGAUGUGUUUGAUGCUUUGAUGUUAAAAUCACCCACGGUAAAAGGACUAAUGGAAGCGAUAUCUGAGAAAUAUGGCUUGCCGGUGGAGAAGAUUGCAAAACUUUAUAAGAAAAGCAAAAAAGGCAUCUUGGUUAACAUGGAUGAUAACAUCAUUGAGCACUACUCCAAUGAGGACACCUUCAUCCUUAACAUGGAGAGCAUGGUGGAUGGCUUCAAGAUCACUCUGAUGGAAAUCUGA